AUGACACAGCCAGACCCAAACUGGAACCCGCCUCGCGGACCCAGAAACCGCUACCCACACCGACGCGGCCACGUCCAAGCAUCAAGUGAUCCAAACCCCGCCCCGCAGAUCUUGCAACCUCAAAGUCAGCAUACUGGGUCGACUCGGAAUCCGCAGCAGCGGAAUAGCGAUCCUUUCCAAUAUGAUACGCAGACAAUGCCAUACUGGGACGAUGCAAGCGGCGCAAUCCACGAUAUCUCCAAUGCAACACCGCGGAAUCUAGAUGCAACAUACGCGAAGGGCUUUGAUGUUGAGACUGGAGCUACGCAGGGCCAGCAACAGCAACAGCAGGAUCAAGUUGCGGGUCUCCAAACUUAUGGUCAACACCAAUGGCAUAAUCCGUAUGCUGAGAUUGUGGGCGGUGGACCGUAUGCACAAAAUCAAGCAACCCAUCCAACAUCUCCGCCGCCGAAGAACACAUCUAGGACCACCGCUACCACCAAAGACAACAAAGCCAAUAGACGGGAUUUCACACCCUACUUCGACGCCGCAGACCCACGGAACCACACCGAUCUGAAAAGCCCAGAUAAAUACAAUUUCCUCGGCACAAAAGACGUAAACCAGAAGAUGCGCCAGGACACAACCGAUGCGAUCAAACUAGCAACUGAGAAGCGUGGAAAGAGCAAGGCAGACCAGGCAUUACCUUCGCUACCAGAACGUGAGCCAAAGACAACAAUAGUAAAGAGGAAGAGCGCGCCUCUUCCCCCUAUUCUGCCUAGAUUCGCUUUCGAGAACCCGGCAAUAUCGCCGAAGCUGGCGAAGUCUAGGACUGCUUCGUUUAGGAAGAGUGCAGAAACCCCAACCCAAUACACCACCCCUCUUUCCGCGAUCAACGAAGCGCCAUCCCCGCUCAACGCAUCAAGCAAGCGAAAAAGUGUCGAUCGCACACCCACGCUCGACCGCGUCCUCGCCCUACGCGCAGAAGAACAAGCGAAAACGCUCGCGAAACUCGAAGGCGAUGUGCUAGAAGAGCAGGCUGUCGAUGACGGCGAGCAACAUAUCCCGCGCGAGUUGGUCAAGAGGAUAAGCGACGAGAAAAGUCAGUGUAUUCCUAGAGUCACGUCGCGGGAAGAGAAGAGGCAUGCGUCUGAGUUUGUUCCGGGUAUGGAGGUGCCGGGACUGGAGGAGCGGGAGGGGGGUUGUGGGAUGGACGAUCCGGCUGUGCAGAUGAAGAAGGAGGAGGUGGAGGAUGGUGGUGCGGGGAAAAGUGUGUAUAGCAGUGAGAAUAAUGCUCAGGAAGAUGAGAUUGAGAAGCUUACGAAAGCGAUAGCGGGGUUGAGACCAUUCCAAGAUUUGCCGCCUCAUCUAUCGGCGAAGACGAAAGCGUUCGAGCGGAUGAGCGCUGUGCCGGUAGGGUUGGAUGUGGGGAAGAUUGGGAAGGGCAAAGGGGGAAUCAAGGAUGGAGCUGGAUCUAAUACAACGCCGGAGGAAUUAGGUGGAAGGACGCAGGUUGAGGCAGAAGCGGAACUUUUAGCGGUACUCAACGCGACGGAUGAAGGUACUGGUGGAGGUAGCGCGGGCGUGGGAACGUCGCAGGAGAACUCAUCGGCGGAGUCUUUUGCGACGGUUUCUUCGGACGAUUACGAACAGAUUCGGGCGGAGGACGAGCUGGCGUCGGAGCAGAAUGGCGUGAAGAGGCGGUGGUAUAAGGGCUUUCGGAAGGUUUGA